AUGGUUGCAAACAUGGAUGUCAACAAUCAAACUGACGGUAAGUAAGAUUUAAUUUAAAGGUGUAAAAAGUCAUAAAUAUUAUUGGUAUUACAUCGAACUGGCUGUAAUCAGAAAAGGAUGAUAAUUUUUAUAGAAAUAGUUUUAUUCUGAAUGUAAUAAAAGCGAAAUUUAAAAUAAUUUUGUUUAUAAGAGGAGAAUCUUAAUUAUUCGAGUAACUCCAAGUUCCUGGUAGAUACGAAUAGGUCCUUCUUUUUUAUGAAUGCAGACAUCAUUUUCUGAGAUAUUACUUUAUUGGAGACUCUGUCAUCUCGAAGAAUAAGCUCAAGUUGUUGGGGUUUCCAAAUUGUGUCCCUCUUUGUUCCUCCAUUACCCUGGAUAGUCUUACCAGUAUGGCCGUAAGCGUGUUUUACCUUAAUUAAUAAAAACUCUAAGAAUGCCCUUUCUUUCGUUGUUAUCCAUCAAUCAAUCAAUCCGAAUUUUGAUUGAAUUUCAUAACCAUUAUAAAUGGGCAAUAAACCCAGAACAUAUCUCAAAGCAGAUGCAGGUGUUGAUUGCUUUUGGAAUCACAAGGUGUGGAGAUUCCUCGUGUGUUUUCCUUCAACAAGAUGUAUAAUCUUUGCUUUACCACCUCUUUCUUACAUAAAUGAAUAAUUAAAAUCUUGAAAGUUGGGGCCGGGAAAAUCCGCCGGCCCUGAGGCGAUUAAUCAUGUCUUUGACACAUAAAUUGGGACACGGUUUUCUUGGCCAAGGCUUCAUUGUUUUCUUCUUUUUUUUGUCAAAAUGCCCGGAAGGGAUUGACGGAAAAUGAUUUGUUUUGAGGAGUUUUCUUGUAAAUGAUGUUACAAAAAAGUACUUUUGAGUAGUUUGGAGACCAAAGGACGUGUUCAUUUAUAUUGAUGUAGUCAAAAUUUACAUCUCUUUUAUAUUACACUGUUUUCUUAGUUUUAAAAAAUGUAUUUUCAUCAAAUUCGCCUCUUCAUACCUUCAAGUAUUGAAAUUACAAUUUUUUUCCCCUUCGACUCUGUUUUCAAAGAGUUCUCCCACCUUAUUUUCAUCAUCCUGGCCACAUAUUCUCACAAAGUUUUAUUAGCAUUGUUGCCGGUGUCUUAAUUCCAUUUACGGGAACUCUUAUAAGACUCGCGUGUUUUUAGUAAAAAUUAAUUAAGGAGCAAAGUUUUUUGCAGGUUUAUUUCUUACUCAUUUUGUCUCUGUGUAGAGCAAAUUGAACCACUUGAUGCAUUAAAAAAAGAGGUCAUCAUGAUGAAAACUUUAAUGUUCUCUGUUUAAAAAUUUUUUAUUUAGAAGCAAUAGCAGCCGUUUUAAAAUUUUAAUAAUGUUCAUGACACUAUGACGUCAUUUUCGUGUUCCUAUUUAUUAUAUUUUGCAAGAGAAAAUAUGUUUUAAGCAGUCCACAUCCCGUAUAUGGCUAGUCAUCCACUCCGACUAUUUUUCAGGGCUUAGUUGACGGACUGUUCUGAGAGUGGGAAAAUGGACGUUUUGAAGGUUGAUUACUAAUAGUACCAAAGAUUAGGGAAACUUUUUAUUUUUUAAGAAGUAAAAAAUUUCUUAAUCGGAACACUGCUAUAGUCAUACAGUGGACUGCAGAUUCGUGUCAGAACGUGUGACUCCACCUUCCGAUAUGUCUCCGAUUAGAUACUUACAGGCAAUAAAGAAGUAUAUCUUUUAGACUUCCCGAUUGUCAUUUCCCCACUUUUUGAUUCCCAAAUUGCAUAAAUGGCUGGCCAUCGGCUUUAGUCGACAUGCCAAACAUUCUACAGCCACCCCACAAUGACUUGCCAAUCUUCUUUUUUAGCAGCCAUUUAUAUAUUUGGCUGCCCGUCUUAUUCUUUGACAUUCAUGUUGGCUCGCUAUCCACAGAAUUCUAACGCUUUAGCUAGCCAAAUGAAUCUUUUGGCUAGCAAAAGAAAUUGGAUUUAAUGUCAACUCAUUGGCACAACGGUUUUGUAACAUGGCCACGAAAACUCGAUCCUUACUCGGUCUGCCCCAAAUGAAAGGUUGCUUUUUACAUAUAUUAUAUGUAGUUUGAGUAUUAAUAAUGAGCUCCCGUAAUUAACCCCAAAAACAUUGACGCCAUUAGAAACAUACAAAUGAACUUGUGUUUGAUGACAGAGGCAUUCAAAUUGAGGAAAUCCAAUUGAUUUCCUCCGACCUUUUCUCACGCCCUGCGGACAUGGCGAGGAAAACUUGAGAUUUUUGAAAAGUAUUCUCAUUUUCGUUGAUAUUAUCGUAUGUUCCGACACUAUUUUCUAUCAAAUUUGCUUGGCAUACAAAGAACAUUGCUUCGCAAAGAGUCCCGCACAUAUAAACGUGCAAUUACUCCGUAUUUUUCACAUUUUUUUGAAGAAUCUCAACUUUAAAAACGUUGAAAAUCAAUAUCAACGACGUACUUGAGGAUCUCUUCAAAGUUUCUCCAAUUUUAUUAACUUCGGGGUCUUUUAUUACAAGUACUUUCAGCUGAUAUGAAUCGUUUUGCUGCCGCCACUCUUGUCAAUUUCACAGCGGACGGUCAACCCAGCUAUAAGGCAGCCCUCCUUACCGUGCUACAGCAACAAAAACAAGGUGGAGCAGACGAGGAGUGGCUCCAGGCAGCGUUGGCAACGGCUGCUGGAGGAGAUAAGUAAGUAUGACGUCACUUUUAAAGUUUCGUUUUCAAUCGAAAGUAGCAGUUAUCUUGGAGGUAGUCUUUAACUCAAAAGCAAAAUAAAUUUUAUUCCUCCACCUCUAAUAUUCUAUCCUUACUAACAGAGAUCUUCAAAGCAGUCUCUAAUACAUCUACAUCUUGCAUAGGAUACGAAAAAGAAUUUUCAAAUCUAAAUUCCCUUUGUUUACGACCACUUGCGAUCUGCAGCCCUCUCCUCACAUUAUUGUUUUGACCGAAAAAUCAAAUUCUUCCCAAAAUAAUUCUAUUUUCGAAUUGUCACCGUGUUUUGAUUUGAGCAAGAACUAACACAUUGCUACUCGAAAAUAAGAAAAGGCAUUUUCCCGGCCCAGAGGAUAUAUUAAAUUUCGUGGUAUCAGUCGGGAAUUAUGCUUGAGGGCCCUUCCGUUGAGUAACCAUAAAUAAUAUUCGGGUCAGAUGGAUGUUAUGUUCGAACAUCAGGGGUUUUGUUCCGAAUGUUCGGAGUUCAGGGGUUCGAAAAGGAGUGGAGUUCCUCUCCUUGAUUAGCCCAAAAUGUUUCAAAAGAAUUAAGGCCAAAUUAGGAAGACGAGGAAAAGCGGGAAGGGUUGUCUCAGCGCCACUUUCGACUGGUCUGUUGUAUAGAACGUCAUGUACAUACAACGGGUACAGCGAUUUAUAACAUUUAGCAAAAAUUAUAAAAUUUACGGUAGUAUAGGAGUAGAUAAAGCUGACUUUCCUUUAGCAUUUGUUUGAGUGCAAAUGGCUUAAAGGAGACCUGGCAAAAUCUUCGGGGCUCACGAGCGGUCAAGAUUACUGUUAAAUGGUCAUUUCUCAGCUUCAAGGGGAGCGCCUUAGGAAUUCGUUUAUUUAAGUCAUGGUGGAAUAAGGUGGCUUAUAGGUGAACCGUCGGGCAAAAUAUAGAGAGGAUUUUUCUUAUCAGCCCAACUUGUUUGCAUGGCACACUUUAACCUUCCGUAAGUUUAAGUUGUGUCAUAUUGUUUCGUCUCCUAGCGUGUAACUACUAUAAAAGAGGCAGUCCGUUCACAAAGUCGCUGAAGUGAUUUAAGCUGAUAUAAAGGAAAAUCGCACUCUGCAUUGCAAUUGCUUCCUUUUUCGUGCAACUGGAUUUUCUUUUGGCUGUCCCUUCCCCUUUAUUUUUUUCUGCAUAGUGCAAACGGCAAAAAUCACCCCUGCGACUUUGCAAACGGACGAGUAGGUCUCAUAAUUCUGCUAACUGCUUUGCAACUCUCCACCCUCAACUUUACUGCAUAACAAGAGCUUAGCUUAUGAAUCGUACUAUCAAAUAUCAUUGGGAAAAUUAAUUCAUUCCAAGUUUUUCCCAGCGAAAGUUUAAUUUAUUUAUGCCCAAAGUCCCUUACAACAACUUUUUAAUCCCUUUACUUUUCUCUUUUCCAUCAAUUUGGAAACAAAAAGUAGAAAUGUGCGCGGAAUGGCCUUCUUUCUUUGGCCAUUGUUCAGUUAAUUUCAAUUUGAUUAACAGCUCUCCAUCGUUUAUAUUCACUUAAAAAAGUGCCGAAAAAGAUGGGAAUCGUGAUGGAUUCGAAUGUCUCGACUUUCCUACAGUAAGUUUGUUGAUGAUGAGAAGUUAAGCCGUCCUUUAAAGUUAGUUCCUUUUAUUUUGUUAUUGCCUUGAAGGCUUGGCUUUGGCUUUCACUUUGAAUUUAGUCUCUACUUUCGAAUUCGAGGCUUUCACGGCUACUUUUUUGUACAUAGUAUAGCAACAAGUUUUUUUAAAAAAGUAAAUUUCAAUUCCCAAAAUUUGCGUGCUGUUUUCUGGCUUGGUCGAAUUGCCAGUGGCCUUCCUCCUUACGUUGAGGUCUCUUAUUUCAUCUAUGAAACAAGUUUUGUUGAACAUAAUACGUCAUGCUUGCUCAACAUGUAAUAAUAAUAGUCUUUAUUCACUAGAAAUUCUGAAAAUAUCUCGUUUUCCCACAAUUUCUCCAAUUUGUUUAGAAAUAACGAUAGUCUAGGCUCUUGCAUUCUCAAUUAUAUUUCAUAAUUAAAUUUGGGUUCCAUUAUCUUAUAUAUUUUAUUGCUGGAGAUGUUGAAGGACGUUCUGUAAGUGGUUCUGUGACGAUUCUGUUUCCGUUUCAUUAACUUCCAACUUCUUUUUAGUUCUCAAAAUAAGCAGGAACUUCUUCCGGUUUACUUUUUGAAUAUUUCCCUCCCAGGCCCUGAGGCCAAGUUCCUUUGUUUUUGCCGAAAAUGGUUUCUUUUUGGCGAAACUUGUUCAAAAAAGUCCCGUGUUUUCUGUGGCUUCCCGAUUCCUCGAUGACGUCAUAAGUGGCGGAUCCUCAAACACAAAAGUCGGCAUUUUGUCUAUGAGUAACAGCUUUCAUUUACUUCGCUUUUUCUACGGACAAUUUGUGAGAUUUAUUCCUCUUCCUCGCCAUGCUUUAUAAAUACGAGGCGGUCACAGUGAUGGUUCAGAAUCAGACUGAUAAGUAAGGCUCUAAUUGUGUUAAAAGAAUAGCUCUGGCCGUGUGAAAGUACUACUAAUCUUGUUGCCAAAAAUGUCGGUAGUAAUAAGUAAUCGGUAAUACAGUAACUCUCUUACUUUUUAGUCAUUCUUGGUCUAACAUUGUUCUAGUUUUUCGACGUUAUUCGAUAUUCUGGGAGUCCGGCGAGAAAGAGGGUAGAACUGAGGUUAUUUAAACAUCUGGAGAGGUUGACUGAUAUAUCUAGAGUCUUCUUUCCCUUAUAAAUACACACUUAUCUCUAUACGUCUUCUCUGUGUUUUUGCCCAUAUCGUAUGGCAAAAAGGUAAGUUCCAAGUCUCCAAAAUCUCUUCCUCACGCCCCUCUCAUUGCUCUCUUCUUUUUAAUGGUGCCAAAAAACAAUUUGCGGCUCAUGAAUUGAGCCAAUUCGGGGAUUAAUGCAUCCAUAAAUGCCGGAUCUCUUCAAAAAACAUCAAAACGAAAUGUCCCGGCUUUGUAACACUCUCCUCUUUAUAACCAGCUGUUCCGUUUUCCCUCCGGCGAACUCUCUCCUUAAUGUCACGGGAGUCGGGUUUCGGAGAUAUAUUUUCUUAUGCCUUCAGGGUCUUUGACACGCAUUAACAAAGUCUUUAUAAAUUUGUCUUCUCUUUGAUGAUUAUAUUCUGUUUUCAGUGAUCUACGGCCGGAUAAGGCCAUCGAUUAUACGGAAAUGAGGUCCAAGGAUUAUACGGAUGGGCCCGGGGAAAUGGAUAUGCUGAUCGGGUUCUUCUUGAUGAACGGAGUGUGUGUGGGUAAGUGUAAAAUUUUCUAAAGUCAUUCUGGAAGUGGUCAUGUAAAAGUAUUUAUUUUUUAGUGUUUUUUCUUGCAUUUGGCCUCUGUGUAAUCUGCUCAUGCAUGCGACGGAAACCCAAGUUCCAGAAUCCAGAAGAGCCCCCGCCCAUUCAGAAGACCCCUCUCAAAACUCCGUUAACUUCAACUUUUGCUGCGACAUUCGAUAAGUUAAGGCCCAAAUCGAUGAGAAAAACCUCUCCAAGAGGGCCGUCGCCGACUCCGAAUGUUCAGAAAAAUUCGAAUCUCAAUUUUUCACCAAUUCCUCCACCAAUCACAUCGCCGAGCUUAAAACCAACAUUCAAAGCGAUCGUUGCAAGGGCGAUGCAACAACAACAAAUGGCUAAAAUGCCCGUUAAUUCGAAUUCCAAAUCGAUCAGUAGAUCAGCAUCGAAUGCAUCGAGGAAAACAGAAGACAAGACGGAGCUUUUGACGGAUAAAGGUAGGUGGGAAAGCACUGAAAUGCAACAUACAUUCACUGAACACACAGACAGACCGUUCUUUUCAUAAUCAAUAUUGCCCUUUCCCGACAAAAAUAUUAUUAUGAGAAGGUCAGGUCGUGUCGAGAAGAGCACCACACUUACACUUUUCCUAAUCUUUCCCAUUUCAAUAACAAUAAUUAGGGCCCUCAAAGCACGACGCACUUGGCACGCUACUUACAUCCUAAUAAGGUCUUGGUUUUCAUAAAUUAAAUUUUUUUUGAUGGUUUGUAUUAUUUCAAUUUUGUUUUACUUACAUUUCUUGAUAGUUUUUUUACUAACCAAAUAUGUGCGCCGACAUCUUUUCAUGGGUUUCAAAAUAGAGUUUUGGAGGCAAGUUUGAAGGCCCACGAGGGUUGGCAACAUUUCCAACAGCACUUUAUGACGUCAUCAAGUCAAAACCAACAGAAUAACGGAUUCAAAUUUGACAAAAAUCUUAUCAAUGAGUUCUUAGAUCACGUUCGGAUAUCUUGUGGAUAAAGUAAUUUUUUCUCUGGUUUUGUACCUGUCCUCCCUAACUGUGUACCUAUUCUAUUCCUCAGUUCCACACCCACUCUCCGUUCUCCCAGUGCCGUAAUUAAUUAAGAAAAAACAAAGUUCUUUCCAGAAUCUCCAGAAUCGCCGAAAGCCCCCGAAGAAGUGGUCAUCUUUUUGUAAACGAGUAAUACUAUUACUAUUAUGUACGUGAGAUGGUUGUUUUUUCUUCUCUCUUUCCGUUUUUUCUGUGGCUUCGGCUUCGUUUUCAUGAGUUGCAAAGCUUUAUCCAAAUCGCUUAACUAAUUUUAUUACCGCUACGCCAAGACUCAAUUUUUGUUGGAAUACUGAGAGAUAUGCAUUCGGAAGGAAGGGAUGGGAUGUCCUUUAAAGAGAGCCCAAAAUUCGUAUUUGAAUUCGAUUUUCAGAAAACUGUAAUUUUGUUAGUUCCGAGUUGAGAAUCGCUUUUUAAAUGAUAUCCUCUCAUCACCUUCGAAGGCAUGAUAAAACUUCUCCUUUCUUUACGACAACUAACAAAUUUCAGGUCAAGUUCAAGUAGAAUCAGUAGACGAACAGAAUCCGGAAUCCCCAAAGAAGCUCCGAGAUAAUCCCAAGAGCCCUUUAGGGGCUGUAGCUCAUCAAGAAACAGAAGAUGACACGGCCAGCACAGCCACUUCCGUGGAUGAAAAUCCCCCUCCAUCAAUCAUCCGGCAAAAUCUGCUGGGUCCCUUGACUUUCGACGAUCUUUACUAUACUUGA